AUGGAGAUUCGAGUGUUCUCUGAGCUUGUGAAUAAGAGCAGAGUAGCUGAGGAGUAUACAAGGAAGGCUGCAACAAAAAAGGGAAGCAUGAGGAUGCCAUUUCAGAGGACUACGGGGAGGAAUUUUGCACCUAGAGUCAGACAAUUCAAACAUGGAGGCUUUGCCCCUCAGAAUAAUCAGGGACAGGGCAACCUUAGAAGGCCAAAUGCCAUUUCCAAUCAGGGAAGAAAACAGGGAAAGCAGCCACAGCAAGACUUGAGUUGCCACAGAUGCGAAAAGUACCAUUCAGAGCCAUGUAGGUUUGGGACUGGAGUCUGUUAUUCCUAUGGGCAGCCUGGACAGUUGGCUAAUAGCUACCCAAAGAAGAAGAGAUGUGAGACAGGCAGAAUGCAGCAACCAGGGAGAGUAUAUACUACUUCUUUGGUAGGCGCUGAGGGGUUAGAGACAUUGAUCAUAGGUAAUUGUGAGAUGGCUGGUAAAACUUUGAAUGCCUUGUUUCAUUCUGGAGCUACACAUUCUUUUAUUGCGUUUGAGAAGGCUGAUGAGUUAAGAUUGAAAAUAGUAGUCCUGGGAUAUGAUUUAAAGGUGUAUAAUGCCACCCACGAGGCUUUGGUGACUAGGUUAGGGUGCCCCAAUUUCCAUUUCGGAUACAACAGCGUGACUUCGUGCAUAACUUAA